AUGCCUACCGCCGACUACAUUCGAGUUCGCACCGGUCGGCCUCCCGAGUUUAUUCGCUCAAACACAUUUUCGCACCGUCACCAUCAUCGACACCGCCGAUGCCACGAUGAUUGCUGCGGUGUCUCUCGGACCGAAUACAACAACCUCGUGGAGCAGAACCACAGCCUCGUGACCGAAAAUGCAAAGCUGUCAAAGGAAAAGGACGCACUCAAGAAGGAGCUUUGCCAGGCAGAAAACGCCAACCGAGCUUGGUCUGCAGAGGCCGAACGCUUGCGUGACAUCAACGGGCGGCUGUCGUCGGACAAUGAUAUCCUCCGGGAUGAGAACGAUCGCCUCAGGCGAUCCAUCUCCUCCGAGGACGACCACAUCAAGGGAUUCAAGAGAAGGAUCAAGGUUCUCGAAAGGGAGGCGAGGGAGCAAGAAAGGAUGACCCGCGCCGAGAUCGAGGACCUGACGGAGAACCUGGCCAAGUCAAACGACGUGGCGCACCAGUGGAAGCGCAAAUGCGAAGAGUGGAUGGCCAAGUACGACAAGCUGAAGCGGACCCUCUACGAUUAUGAGGUCACCAUUGCCGAGCAAAAGGACAAGAUUGACCAUCUCAAGCAUCAACUUCGGAGGUAUUGGUGGUAG